CAGUUAGCCAAUAAGUUAUUUAGGUGGCCUGCUGCAAAAAUAGAAAAAAAAAUGUAUAAAUUCAGAAUCCAGACAAGGGGAAUACUUGUUAUAUGCCUCGAUAAUCUUUCUCUGCGUCUGCGUCUCUGACUUAUAGUCCGUCCAUACAUAUAAUAUCCCACUGUCCGAUUUUAUAUGCUUUGUGUUGCUUCUCUUGCACUCUCUGCUUUGUCUCUGUGUCCCAUGGUCGAACCGCAUCACCUCACCAAUCGAAGACUCAACUACAACCACCCCAUUUUCUGCCUCACUCUCUUUGUCUCUCUCUAGCUUCGCCCUCUCCUUCCUCUUUGUCUUCUUCUUUCUCUCAGAAUCUGCUCUUUGGUUGCACUGCGUCCUUUUUUCUCCUCCUUCCCUCCCCCAUAUUUUGGCUUCUUUCGCUUUCUAUUUAUUACGCAUCUCCCAAAAAGUUCACUACUCUUGAUUUGUGGUGGGUUCGUUUUGGGUUUUCGUUCUUGCUUAAGUCAUGGAAGAUUGCUGUGAUCUUGAAGUCGAUAUAAAUGGACAGGAGACCUUCCUGGUUAACAAAAAUAUUGUUGCUCACUAUUCUAGCAAAUUCAUUAAAUUAUUUGGGAAAAAUAGCGGUCCUAAUAGAAAGCUUAAAGUAAUAUUCCAUGACUUUCCAGGAGGGGCAUCAGGUUUUGAGCUUGUAUUGAGAUUUUGUUACAACAACGGAAAAUAUGGCAUAACUCCUUUCAAUUUGUUCCUUGCACACUCUGCUGCAAAAUUCAUGGAAAUGAAAGAGUCCGUUGAUGGGAAGAGUCCUAAUUUGUUGGAGCAAACAGAAAAAUCACUCCAAGAGAUUGGCUACUGGACAUGGUCCAACCUUUUAGCAGCCUUGAAACAGUGCCAAGAUUUCACUCUAGUCGCAGGUUGUUCUACUAUGAUGCUUGAGAAAUGCUUGGAAUCCAUAGUUGGGAGGCUGGUUUUGACCAGCGAAGCGAGCCCAUGUCCAUCUUCUUGUUCCUCUGAGAGUUCUGGGCAUCGAUGUUCCAGCGACUCCAAAAGCAUUGAGAGUACAAAGACUGCCUUUUCUCGUUCAACAUGGUGGUUUGAAGACCUUAUGUUUCUCAGUCCCUUGCUGGUUCAAAUGCUGGUGAAGUCUAUGCUUUGGCGUAAAUUGGACCAAGUUAUAAUCAGCAGGUUUCUGAUGUAUUACCAGAAGGCAAAGUUUUCUUCUGCCACAACUGAUGAGAAGAGGAAGAUCAUAGAAAUGGUCAUAGACAUGCAUUACAGUAUGGACCCUAGAGUUCUCUCUUGCAAGACUUUAUUUGGGAUUCUCCGAAUCACCCUCAACUUGAACAUAAGCAAAUUUAGCAAGAACAAAUUGGAGAAUAUGAUUGGCGCCCAGUUGGAUCAAGCAACCUUGGACAAUUUGCUUGUUCCAUCUCCUUAUGGAAUAAACUACUUAUACGACGUGAAUCUUGUUCUGAGAUUCUUGAAGGCAUUCCUGCUUCAAGGGACCCGUCUGAUUGCUCCUUCUCGGAUGAAGAAAGUUGCGAGCUUUAUAGAUUUGUAUAUAGCUGAAAUAGCCCCUGAUCCUUAUUUAAAAACAUCCAAGUUCUUGGCUCUUGCCUCAGCACUACCAGAUUCUGCAAGAGACUCCUAUGAUGAACUGUAUCAUGCAAUGGACAUGUAUCUUGAGGUGCACGCGGAUUUGUCAGAGGAAGAAAGGCUGAAGAUAUGCAGUGUUUUAAAUUAUGAGAAGCUUUCAGCCGAGGCAUGCCAGCAUCUGUCUCAGAACAGAAAAUUCCCUUCAAAAUCUGCCGUUAAGGCUCUUAUGGUUCAACAAUCCAAGCUCAAGAACUUAAUUCUCGGCAUCCCCAAUGCAGCUGCAAUCACCAUUUCGCCACGUAGUUCCAGUGACACUGACAGAAGAGGAACAAGACACAGAAUCAAGGAACAGGCCAUGCUGUAUACUGGAGAAUUUGAUGUUCCAGUCCAGGACAAGAAAUUCGCAGCAAGCUUGCAAGGAAUGAAAUGGAGGGUUGCAGAAUUGGAGAAUAUCUGCAGGAAAUUGCAAACCCAGAUGGCAAAGAUAAUGAAAUCAAGAGUAUCGUCAGGCCACGGCUAUUCAAGAUCAUUGCCCAAACUCUGUUCAUGACAGAACAAUUGCCAUGAUAUAGAUUGAGAUUUUUCCUAUGUAACUUACAUGUAGUGUACAGCAAAGGAGUGAGUUCAAUUUCGUAGUUUUUCUGAGCUACUGAAGUUGAUUAAGUUCAGUGUAAAGUAAAAGAUGAUUCUGAGCCAAGUGCUUGCAUAGUUCCACGUCCCUUCCUCCAACAAAUAUUCGUAAUAAGCAAAGACAGCACAUGUUUCAGUAGGGCAAUACAUUUUAAUUAAGUAGGUUCAUAUUAUAUGAUCAA